AACGUCAUUCCGAAUCGACUCUCUCACUGCUCAACAGUCAUUAAGAGGGAUGGGAAGUACGACGUAGUGAUCAGGAAUGAAGACCUGGAAGGUACAUUAGCAUAGUUGGACUCUCCUGGUAAGCUCUCCUGACCUUAAACCCAACCUUAAACCAACUUCGAACCCAACUUUAAACCAACCUCAAACCCAACCUUAUACCAACUUCGAACCCAACCUUAAACCAACCUCAAACCCAACCUUAAACCAACCUCAAACCCAACUUUAAACCAAAUUCAAACCCAACCUUAUACCAACUUUGAACCCAACCUUAUACCAACUUUGAAGCCAACCUUAAACCAGCCUCAAACCCAAACUUAAACCAAUUUCAAACCCAACCUUAAACCAACCUCAAAGCCAACCUUAAAUGAACCUCAAACCCAACCUUAAACCAACUUUGAACCCAACCUUCAACCAACUUCAAACCCAACCUUAAACCAACUUCAAACUCAACCUUAAACCCAACAUUAAACUAACAGUGAACUCAACCUUAAACAAACUUCAAACCCAACCUUAAACCAACUUCAAACUCAACCUUAAAGUAACUGUGAACCCAACCUUAAACCAACUUCAAACCCAACCUCAAACCAACUUCAAACCCAACUUUAAACCAACCUCAAACCCAACUUUAAACCAACCUCAAACCCAACUUUAAACUAACCUUAAACCAACUUUGAACCCAACCUUAAAUCAACACCAAACCCAACCUUAAACCAACUGUGAACCCAACCUUAAACCAACUUCAAACCCAACCUUAAACCAACUUCAAACCCAACCUUAAACCAACUUCGAACUCAACCUUAAACCAACUUCGAACCCAACCUCAAACCCAACCUUAAACCAACCUCAAACCCAACUUUAAACCAACCUCAAACCUGACCUUAAACCAACCUCAAACCCAACCUUAAACCAACUUCAAACCCAACCUUAAACCAACCUCAAAGCCUAUCUUAGGCCAACCUUAAAACAACCUCAAACCCAACCUUAAACCAACUGUGAACCCAACCUUAAACCAACUGUGAACCCAACCUUAAACCAACUGUGAACCCAACCUUAAACCAACUUCGAACUCAACCUUAAACCAACUUCGAACCCAACCUUAAACCAACCUCAAACCCAACUUUAAACCAACCUCAAACCUGACCUUAAACCAACCUCAAACCCAGCCUUAAACCAACUUCAUACCCAACCUUAAACCAACUUCAAACCCAACCUUAAACCAACUUCAAACCCAACUUUAAACCAACCUCAAACCUGACCCUAAACCAACCUCAAACCUGACCUUAAACCAACUUCAAACCCAACCUUAAACCAACCUCAAAGCCAAUCUUAGGCCAACCUUAAACCAACUUCAAACCCAACCUCAAACCAACUUUGAACCCAACCUGAAACCAACUUCAUACCCAACCUUAAACCAACUUCAAACCCAACCUUAAACCAACUUCAAACCCAACCUUAAACCAACUUCAAACCCGACUUUAAACCAACCUCAAACCUGACCUUAAACCAACCUCAAACCUGACCUUAAACCAACUUCAAACCCAACCUUAAACCAACUUCAAACCCAACCUUAAACCAACCUCAAAGCCAAUCUUAGGCCAACCUUAAACCAACUUCAAACCCAACCUUAAACCAACUACAAACCCAACCUUAAACCAACUUCAAACCCAACCUUAAACCAACCUCAAAGCCAAUCUUAGGCCAACCUUAAACCAACUUCAAACCCAACCUUAAACCAACUACAAACCCAACCUUAAACCAACUACAAACCCAACCUUAAACCAACCUCAAAGCCAAUCUUAGGCCAACCUUAAACCCACCUCCAACCCAACCUCAAACCAACUUCAAAAUAGGACAAAACAUUGGUAUUGUUUAACAAUAGUAGCCAACAUUGUAACAUGUAUUAUUUAUCAAAUGUCAUCCUAGGUCCCCCUUUAAGCCAACCUCUGUCCUUUCUGACUAGAGUUCAUGUAUCGUUAAAUGGACUUGACUGUGACAAACUCUUUGGUUUCCCAACUCGGGAGGUUCAAAGUGCGCCAGUGUCUGGCCUUUAGUGUCCAUCUUGAACGCACUCUCUGCGCUCUUGAUGGUGCCACAAGGCUCAUUGUCGACCCAGGCCAGGUACGUACCCCGGGGGAGCCCACCGACCUGCACGCCUCUGAGAUUUUCAAAUCGUAUGUGGUGCUCAGCUGGGAUCCUCCCAGCCCGCGCGGCCCAGCGCCGUUGUGGUACGUCGUGGAGAAGUGCGUGGCGGGCACCGGCGUCUGGCAGCGGGUCAACGCCGCGGUCAGGCUGCACUCGCCCCGUUGCCCGGUUUUUGACCUGCACGACGGCCAAGAGUACCAGUUCAGGGUGUGUUCGGUCAACGUGUACGGGUCCAGCCAGGCCUCGGCACCCUCUGGGCCGAUCCGCAAGGUUGACGUGGACGGUGAGGCCCGACAUGAACAUGUCAGCGACUCACAUGUCAUGUGACCGUGUUGAUGAUGAUGCACAUUGUGUACAUGAUGUAUGUUGCAGGCUGCGAGCUGCCCAUUGGUACGUACGUGUACAUCUUCCCCUCCCACACUUCCACACACCCGCUCGAUCCCUCCGUCCACUCUCCUGCUGCUUCUGUGUUCUAGCAAUUUCUGUGCACGCCACACAGCAGCUGUCCCAGUGGAGAGUGUUCACUACUUUCACCUCAACACGUCACCACUCGUGUGUUCCCUUCUCACGUGUAGUGUGUAAAAUAUCUUCAUAAAGCUUGUAGAAAUGGACAGACAAUGUUUGCAAUUAUAUCGAAUACAGUGGAGCUCAAUUUACGGCCUUAUUUGGUUCUACAGCGUGGUUUGUUAAUCCAAAAGUUUGUAUAGGGACGCAGAGUUCCCCAUAAAAGACAAUGUAGAUGUAAAUAAUUGUGUUCCAGCCUCAACAAAAGUCCCUAUUUUGGUAAAAAGAAA